UAUGGUGGAAGAAGUACAUUUUGGAAUACAAUAAAGGUUUAUGGAUUACAAGUGUAUUGUAUUGUAAACGGCAAUUCCAUUUCAUGGUUUAUAUAUUUUCGUGAAAUUAUAUGUACAAAAAUACCAAAUAAUAGCAUUGAGGUUGGUAUGAUGUCAUGUUGUGUACCCAUAAUGUUAAAAUUCAAGGAAUUAAUAAUGGAAAGUAUGAUUCACUUGAAAGAAUACAUUACAAGUGUUUGUACUGCAACUCCAACUGAAGAUGAGAACAUGCUAUUGUUCAUAACAAGAAUUAUCCCAAGAGAAAAAUCCACCAAGAAAAAAAAAAUUAAAUAA